CUUGUCCACAUAACAAUAGACACUCUUGUUAAAAUGAAUUGGAAGCUCUUGAAAGCAGUUUUGAACAGUCGUUGUCUUUAUAACUUAUCAGUUUAUUGAUGCGCUUGUGCUAGAGACAGAGAGAGACAGAGACAGAGAACAUGUAUGUAUGCAUAUUUACAAAAUUAUUCAGCAGAAAGGGCUAGAAGACAUUCACAUUAGUGUUAAAUUUGAAGUAACUCGUUAGUAAAAAUCUGCAUACAAUGCAAGAAGCUAAUAAAAAGGAACUUAGUUCUUUUUUGUUAGCACAGGAAAAAGGGUAUUGAAAUAGCCAUAGGGAAGACCAGAGUCCAUACAACAACAUAACUUCUUAAAGUCAGCCAAAUGCUGUUUGACUUUCUGAUAGAAUUUUGGAAAGGGCCUUUUCUUCUCUUUGGUUCUUGUUUAUGGGUUUGUGUCUUUUUUUUUUUUUUGAGAGCAGGAUCUCAUGAUGGAGCCUAGGCUGACCUUGAACUACCCCAGUAUCUGAGAUUAGCCUUAAAUUGCUGAUCCUCCUGCCUUUUUCUCUCAGGUUCUGGGACUCCAGGCUUAUGCCAACAUGCCCAGAUGCAAAGCCUAGCUUGAGUUACAGGGAACACAUAGAAACUCGGUGAUUUGGAAUGAAGAGUCCACAGGAGCAUUAUGUGAUAGCUCCAGCUGAUGGUUCUGAGCAAAGUUUCUCCUUCACCCUCCUAUUUGUAUUAGCACAAAGGCAAGCAGGAGGAACCAACUGUAACUGCCACUCCAUGUAUCUGUAUGCCUUACAGUCUUGUGAAGUAAAUACAUCUAAUUGUUUAAGGAAGAAACAGAAGCCACGGGCUCACACAGUUAAAUGGGGGCAGAAGUAUUGGUCCUUGUAACAAAAUUUCAGAGUUCCCAAUCUGGUUCCAAGUCUUGCUCCUCCUCAGAGGUCUUUCUGUGGGCUUUGUCAAGAUGCUUUAAUAAGAUAUAAAUAGAUAUCUUAUAAGUAAGAUAUGGACAUAAGUAAGAUCAAGUUAAUAAAACUGCAGAGACAGUUGCUAAGUGGUAAGCUAACACAAAGCUCUGUUUGACAUCCUUAGCACAGAGCUUUGCUUAAAGCUGCUCCAAUGAAUAUCUAGUGUUACCAUUGUAACUAUGAUGAUUGUUGCUACCAUUGGAAUUAUGAAGCCUAGCUCUCUAAAUAUAGGGAAGCAUUUCUUUCAAUUAUUCUGUAUGUAUAACAUCCUUCUAUGGAAGUAAAGAAGCUGAACUUUGUGGCUUAAGACCAUAAUUCGAGGUCUUGGAAGGCUGAAGCAGGCUGACCAGUCUGAGAUGCAAUAGUGAGUUUUAGGCUAGCCUUUUUUUUUGCUAUGUAUAUGUUAAUUAAUUAGUCAAUUGAUUAAAUUAAAUAAAUAUAAGUUUGACCAGUUUACCAUUAUUAAGCAAUGGAGGUAGGCAAAAAAUAACACGAAAUUGUGAUAUGCUUCAAAUAACAUAUUGUUGUAUCGUACAGGUGGAAAACUUCAACUUGAACAUAAGAGCUUAUAACUAAAAUUCAGUGUAAUUGAUUUGCUAUAUUAGCCCUAGAGACCUUAUUGAUUAAAGUAAACAUAAGAUGCCUGGAUACAUAAGGCCAAAUACAUAUUUCACACUCUCUCUCUCUCUCUCUCUCUCUCUCUUUCUACCUCACUCUCUCUCAAACACACACACACACACACACACACACACACACUGCUCUUUAUAUAUGCCUCAUUUCUAUUUAGCAUAAAGGCAGACAUUCAAUAUGUUUCAACGUACAUUUUGACUCAUGCUUGCUGGUGUGUGUGUGUAUUUAAUUUUUUCUCACACUUUUCAACUUCAUCCCUGGACAGACUUACAAAGGCACUGAAACUGCGUCUCACAGAGGGGAGAGAGGGGAAGAAAGGGGAUGGAGGAAGAGGAUGGUUCUUGCUCCUAAAAAAGAGUUUACUUUUCAAGUAAAAGAAACCUAAAUAUGGCCAUUAUCAUAGGCUGCUAACAAGCAGAUCUCUCUUGGCAAGUUUGAAAAGGCUGGGCUCCAUUAUAAAAGUUAAAAAUGUCCUGGACCUGGAGUUGUUUACCCAGAGGGAGAACUGCUCUAAAGUUACAGAGCUCUGAUUGGAAGCAGGAGCCUGCCUCCAAGUCCCUGAUGUCAUAGUAGCCCAGCUGUUGUGACACUGAGCAGAGAAGCUCUUUGAAGUGCAAUUUGCAGAGGGGUUUGUCAGGACCGCUGUGGAAGAUGGAUGGACUUUGUUUUAUAAAAGAAUCACUGAGACUGUUCUUUAAGACAACUAGCUCUCUGCCCUACCUCUUCCAUUGCUAGAGUGGCCAGAGCCUGACCUGCUGCAGGACAACCCCCCAAGUGCAAAAAGGCUUUAUUUUAAAGGCAAGUGAGACCACUUCAAAUCAAACACUUUAACACUUCCAAGAAACAGCUAAGAGAAGGCAGAGAUGAGCAGCAAUCCUUUGGCUGACACUCACACAGUUGCCAAGGACCUACAUGAGCAAAGGGAGAACACAGAGGUCAACUGGCGUAAGGAAAAGAUGGAACUACUGGACCAGUUUGACAACGAAAGAAAAGAAUGGGAGAGUCACUGGAAGAUCAUGCAGAAGAAGAUCGAAGAGCUUUGCCAGGAAGUAAAUCUGAGGAGGAAAAUGAACAUGAAUGAACAUUCUAAGGUCAUUGAUCUUCGCCAUGAUCAAGAUAAAAUGGAAUUUCCUCCAAAUCACCUCAACUCAGGACAAUGUGAACUCAGAGUGCUGAAUCACAGAGAUGAUCCAGAAAAGGAAAAGAAAACAGAAAGGGAUUUCCUUAGGGAAGAAAGUCAAGUGUCUCCAGAACAAAAUAUACAUACAAAAACCAAAGUGGGGUUUCGGAAUCCUUUGGCCACAGACAGGAAGGCAUGUGAGACCUGGGCUGGUGAGAAGACUUCUAAGGAGAGUGAAGACUGUUCUGCCACCCUUAACACAGCUCUUGAAGAACUUGCAAAAGUUAGUGAAGAAUUGUGCACCUUUCAAGAGGAAAUCCAAAAGCAUUCUAACCACAGAAGGAUGAAAUCAGAUCCUGUUCUCCAGGAAAUCCCAAAUGCAAUCCAUGUGCCUCAUGAGGACUACUUGAUCAACAAUGGCCAGGGCAUUCUUCCAACCAAUUUGGAGAAAGAAAUGCAGAAAAAGAAUCUGAGCUGUGCUGAUGGACUCCAAAACAAUUCUAUGAACAACUGUGGAAUUGGUACAACUGGUUUACAAAGAAGUGAAACUCCACCAACUCCCCCUCCAAGAAGUACCUCUCGAAAUCUCCCCAGCUCAUAUUCUGAACAAGCCCAAGAAAGACUAAAGGAAAGUUUAUACCACAGGUGGGUGGUCCGUGAGAUUCAAGACAAAACAAAUAACAAUCCUCAUUUCCUCUUGAGGCGGUCCCCAUUGUUUUCAGAAGAAGGCAAGAGUUUGAAAGAUAGUACCAUGUUUUCCUCUUGGACACCAGAAGUCAAAAUAGAUAGAAAUCUUCCAGGUAACAAAGAUGUUGGACUUAAUUUGUGGUUGUGUGACACUGUGUUAGGUACAAAAGAGAGCCCUUCCAGGCCAUCUCAAAAAACCAGUUUUACCUCCAGGGGAGCAAAAUUUGAAAAGGUGUUUCCAGAUAACCCUACAAAAUUGCAUCUUGAUCUUCCUGUGAACAAUGAUUUUCUUCCCUCAGUGACACAGAAGGACCCAGUUAGAAGUUACAACUGCAAUUUUGAACCAACUCCAACGAAUGGAAAGCUAGCUGCAAAGAUCGAUGAGUUUAACAGAACUGUUUUUAGAACAGACAGAAGUUGUCAAGCAAUACAACAAAGUGAAAGCUAUACAAAAUCACCUAACAAUCUCAAUACCUGUGAUAUCUCCACUGCUCACAGCGCUGACAUAUCAGAAAGUGACAGAGGGACCAGUGUUCUGAAAGCUAGUGUCGAUAUGCCUGUGCCCAUGGAAACUCUGUUUAGUGAUCCCACAAAAGUAUACCCAGCAGGCCUGGUCAAACAAAUGCAGACACGUGAGAGUCCCAGCAGCUAUCAGCUUAUGCUCCAAGAGCAUGAUUGGAGAUCAAGCAAUUUUUCUAGCCGGCCAAGGUCAGCUGAUCCCAGAUCAAAUUAUGGUGUUGUGGAAAAGCUGCUGAAAACCUAUGAGACAGAGACAAAGUCUGCACUGCAAAACUCAAAAUGCUUCAGGGAUAACUGGACCAAAUGUGGCUCUGAUGAGUCCACAGCAGUGAAAGCCUCCAAUGGAAAAGGAUUUUCCCGACCGGCUAGACCAGCAAAUCGUCGGCUCCCAUCCAGAUGGGCAUCCAGAUUGCCAGCUGCACCCCCAACCUUGCGGAGGACUGCCCACAGCUAUAAAAUCUCUCUGCAAACAGAAGCCUAGAUACUCUAGACUUCUAGCCUGGAUUGCUGGAUUACAGAAGUUCUCAUACCUUUUGCCAAACUGAAUAUUGAGAAUGUUGACAGACAGUCCUGUUCUCUUCUGUAUCAUCUACGGCCAAUAGGACAAGCAAUCUAAAUCCCAACUUUCCAUCACCAGUCUUCAGUGUUUUUAAUCUAUGGGAUAAGUAUCUCCUUGUACUUUAAUUUAUUAUAUUAGAUGUUUUUAUUGCCAUCCUCAUUGACUUUCCAAUAUGAUGUAAGUUGAGAUAGUGUACAAUACUGUAUAUUCUACCUUUCCUUGCAAAUGCAGAAAACAAGGUUCUGUGCAUGGCAAAGUAUUUGUGGGUGCAUGUGUUAUCAUAGGAAGUAUUCUGGUAUGUAUUUAGAUAAAAAUUUAUGUGCUAGUGUUGACUUUGAAAUUAUAACAUGUAGAUCUAUAUAUUCUUUGUGUUUAUUUUAAAGUUUUGAAAAUAUACAAUCCUAUUUAUAUUUUGCAUACCUUUUAAUAAGUACUCACCUAAGGCAUUUGAUGUUCAUGAAUCAUUUAAAGACUUUCUUGGCUAACAACUAUGUUAAAAAAUAAGAAUUAUACACAAACCUAACAUUAACAGUUUUCCUGAAAUCAAUCUUAAAUAGCAUUUUAACCCAUAUGAAGAUAGCUGAUACUAUUGAUUUUUUUGUUAAAUGAAAAUGUCACAGGUUUAAUGUAUCAGUCUUCUACAGCAAUCAUAAGAUGCUCACACAUGCUUUUAUAUAUCAUCAGGUAGUCUUAUAUGGCUUUAACUGUAUACUUGUUUCUCAGAGCCAGGAUCAUUAGACUGCCUUAAUAAUGACAAUACAACGUAAUGAAUUUAUUUUGUCAUUCUUAGUAACAAACAUUCUUUAAAUGAGAUAAAGAAAGGCAUCAAAUUGUGCUGAAUUUUCUUUUUUGUUAAAAUUGUCCUGAGUUUUCAGUUGUCUGCUUUAUCUGGAAUUCCUCUGUAGAGGUAAGUUGCUUGGUUUUUUUGGUUUGUUUGUUUGUUUAUGUUUUGGUUUUUUCUUCAUUUUUUUCUAAUCAUAUCCCCAAAAUUAGUAGAUAAAAGACUAAUUCACUUUUUUAUGGGAAACAAGAAUGAACAGGAACAAUUUUUUGUUGACAGUUCAAUUAUAUUGUGUUUUUUAUACUGUGUAAAAAGGCCUUAAACUAAACUGAGCAUUGACAAUAACAUAAGAAACAGAGAUGUACAUCAGGGGUAUAAUCUGCUUACACCUGAUAUGUGAAAUGUACUGAGAAGUGGCCUAGAAGAAGUACAAAAGUUAACAUACUUAAAAUUCUACAUUAAUGAUCUUAGAAACAACUUUGCUGCACAUUGUUCCCUUAUAAAAGCCAUUAUUUUACAUGGCUUGUUAAAUAUUAAUUCUAAUUCACCCAAAAAUGUUGAGAAAUUCUCUUUGCCAAACAGAAUCAGUGGACUUCCUGCUUAUAAUACCCUAGCCACUAAAAGGAUUCCACCUUAUUAUACCAUUUCCUGAAGUAAAGAAAAUAAUUUUCAAAUCACAGAUUGCCUUAAAAGGCUCGAGACUGUAGCACCGUGAUGGCAAGAUUUAUCAUUUACAGUAAGAAGACUUCUAGGGCAUAAAUGGUAUUAGGUGUCUAGAAUGUGAGUUUGGCACAAAUCAUGAAGGUUCUAGAUCCACUUUUCUCAAUCUUUCAUACAUUGGGGGUCUUUUCUACCACUGGAGAGUAGCCUGGACAUCAGAUGCUAAUUAUAGUCUACUUUUCCACUAAAGGAUAGAAAACACCAGAGAAGUGGUUACUUGGGGCAUGAAAUGAUAACCUAAAACUAUUGCUGUGCUCAAAACUGUACCUCGGUGUCCCUGAAUCCCAGGCAGUCUGGGAAUGAUCUGUAGCCCCUGUCUUUAUGUUCAAAUCUGAAUGUUGAGGUCCCCUUUAAAAAUGGGAACUCCUUAUCUCAUCCCAAAAAUAAUAAAGAAAGACUCCCAGCAGUGGGGACCUGAGAUUCUUAGAGUCUUUAAUAAAACAAAAUAAUGAAAUAUAUUUGACGACCACCCUGACUUCGAAGCAGGCGUGCUGAGUAGAACCUGUGUGGGUUAGGACUUGGGUACUGUCUUUGAUCACUUAUUACUUUCUUUUGUUAUCAACAAACAAUUGCCUUGCCAGGCUUCAGAACCUUAGCUGCCUUUUCUAUUAUCAUCUGAAUAGACAAAUGGGACCAUUUUAAUACCAUAUAUUAAUGUGAGUCAUAGAAUAUUAGAACUGAGAAAAAUUAGCUCUUAGUCCAGCUCCUUGACUAGAAAACUGAAGAAACUAAAACAAAUUGAUUAGUCUAUAUUCUCUUUUAAAGUAGUCUAUAAAUUUUAUGGGAAAGUUUGCCAGGGAAGUAGAAGUUGUCACUGAAAAUAUUUUUUGAAUUGUUGUGAUUUUUAACUGCUUCUUUUUUCUAUGCUGGGUAGACAUUUUCUUCCUUGAAACCUUCAUUAUGCCAUCAUCUUUUAAUCAUUUACAGGAAUAUUCUAUUAAGAGUAUCUAUUUAGAGAUGUUUUCCCUAGCACAUUUUGAAAAAACUAAAGGUCUUUUUUUCACAGGGGAUUAUUGAAACUUUUAGCUGACCUCAGAAUGAGAGUACUUGAAUAUCUCUCUUUUUCUCUCCCUCUCUCCCUCCCUCCAUCCCCCUUUUGCUCUGUUUGCACUUUUAUGUACAUUAUCAAUAUUUGCCUUAUAUCCCCAAACCAAAUGUAAAAAUAUAAGUGAUAAUUUAUAUUAUUCAACACUUCAAACAUGACCCAUGUCUUUCACUUGUCCUUAUAGGAAAUGAAGAGAGGUCUCAUUAUCCUGACCUUCCGAAAACAUGAUUUACUUCUAUGUAAAUGACUUAACAAGGCCACCACAAAGUCUUAAAACAAAACAAAACAAAACAUCCAAUUCCCAAAAGAGUAUUAAGUUCCAUUAAAACCAUCUUUAAAAUUACAUUUUUGUUGGGUGAAAAAUAAUUACUUGAUAUUGAAGUCUUCAGCCACUGGAAGCUAUUAAAUAAAAUAAGUUUGGAAACAC